AUGUCUCACAGAAUGAUUGCUCCAGGUUUGGAGUUUGCAUCACAAGAAACACUUGAACUUACUAAAAAAAAAGUAUGAAAAACCAAUACCAAAUUAAAGUGUUGUAUUAUUUAUUUGUAAUUUUAAAUAUGUUUUAUUUAGGUAUGGUCUAUGAUUGAGUUUAGUAGACAGCAUUUAAGAGAUGGACAUUUUAUUGUUCUUUGGAAAGACAGCACUUUUACAUACUCGUAUUUUUUAUGGUUUGAGGAUCAAUCGGUAAAUAAAUAAAAUGUGUUACAAUGCUUUUUUAAACUGUAAAAAUUUAUUUGUCGAUUAAUUUAAUAUACUUAUUUAUUUAGGUUAUAAUAUUUUCCAUCUAUUUUGUGCAAUUGAUCUUUUAUAAAAUUAAUACUCAAUUAAUAAUUAUCUCUGGCUUAUUAUAUACUGUGUAUUCAAUUUUUAGGGUACCUCAUUAAAACCAAGAGUUCAACCAAUUACUUUAGAGCUAUUUCCAGGUAUAUUAAAUGGUGAUUAUUACGAGUGAGUACAAUUUAUAUAUAUUUUUUUUUAAAGUUUCCAUCAAUUAAUUAUUAAAAUUAAUUCAUACUUUAGGAAACUUUUAGAGCAAUGUUUUCCAAGAAUGCCAAAAGGAAAAGUGCGUUGUUUUGAACUUUUUUGUGUACAUUUGGGAUUAGCUACUGCUUCAUGUGUUUUAGAACAUUCUCGAAGACUGUCGGCUACUGUAUGGGAAGUUACUGGAAGACCUAGUAAUCUUCUAGAUUUGUUUUGA